UUUAAAUAAAUGCCAUGAAUCUACACACUCCGAUACGGUAGGUGGCGGUAUGCUGAUCCACCAACAAACAAUCAGAAGAAGAAGAAGAAGUUUGGAUGUUUGGCGCGGGCAGAUACACCUACGCUAGCUAGGACGGGAUGCUAACAAACGGAGCUCCUGAAUACAAUUGCCAUUGACAGUUGCAGAGUCAAAGAGCUUCAGGUAGAGAGAGAGUAGAGGGCAUUCUGACAGGGAGGAGAUGGAGCGGUCUAGCAGCAGGUUGUACUCAGGACCUCUUUCCCAGGCGGCCCAGAAGAUCCUGGCUGUUCUGCGGGCCGGCAGUCCACAUGCAGCCAGACGCCACCACAACUACUCCUACAUUAACAUAGUGGAGAGAGAUUAUGGCAGCCAGAGGGAGCCUUUGGUUCAGAGCAGCUGCAGCAUGAGUCAGGAGCAGAGCAAAGAUGGAGACACAGACCGACCCCAGGUGUCCUCUUCCACUUCCUACCACCACUCCUCCAACCAGCUGCAGAGCAAUCAGACCUCGGCCUACUAUCAGUCCUCGCAGACACCAGUCUGCUCUCUGUCAUCCCAGGCCUCCUCCUGUUCUUCCUCCUGCUGGGACAUAUCCUCACUCCAAAGGCAGGCGACUCACACUGAAGCCUAUUAUCAGAGCUCACAGAUUUAUUCCCAUAGAAAGUACUCUGAACCCCCUGCUAACCAGACCAGCCAGACUCGGUCAUUCACUCAGCAUGAGAUCUCUGAGGCAGCAGCCUCUUUCUCCCAUAGAGACCGAUACACGCCGUCCCUCCAAAUACCCGAGAGUCUUUGUGAACAUCCAACUACACUGUGGAGAAACUUCACUGAAGAAAUCAGGCCGUAUUUCGUCCACAAUCUUCCUCCAGACGACGGCCCUGGCGAUGUAUUGUCAAUGGAACACCCUAAUACAUAUGAAGAGGAGCCUUUGGCUUGCCGCCCAGUUUUAUCCAGCCUUAAAAUAAGUGAAGAGACACAUUUCACAUCAGGUGCACAGAAAGAAAACAAAGUUACAGAGAGCUGGAAAACCUCCAGAAAUGAACUAGAAGACAGUCAAGCAAAGCGGAAUCUAGGUCUAUCCAACUCUACUGAAGAGACCACUGAUGGAGGCAUACUAUAUCAGCAUCCAGAGUCUGAAACAGUCAAAACUGGAAGGAUACAUGUACAUCCCAGUGGCUGUGCAACAAGAGAGGAGACAGGCUGUGAUGCACAUUCAGGCAAGGCGAUGAGAAAUCUAGUUAUAGAGGAAAGUUUGGAGAUGAUAGUGGAUACAGAAGAUGUGACUGAGGCUGGUUUGGGACAAAUGUUAAACACAGAACAUGAAGUGCAGGAUGGAGUUACGUGGAAUGAGAGAGGUCAUAUGGAUGCAACCCUGCGAAAUGAGAAAGGAUCAGCCAGUGAAACGGGGGGAAUUCGGCUCUUGGGAACCAAUAAGAGCACUAGUUUAGAGAGGAAUUUUAACUUGUUAUCUACAGCAACCAUCAUGGACAAAAUCUUUCACUGUGAUAGUGAAGGAGAAAAGCUUGGGGAGAAAGAAGAGAAUGACUUCGAGUGCAGAGUUGAUACACCUGAAGUCAAAGAAGCUGAACAUCCACCUGGCUUUAAGUCUAAAGAGAUAUUAGUGGGAGGUCACACUGGCAGUCCAAAAAAGGUCUCAGCAGCAUUAAAAAGGGCCGACCACGAGGUGAGCCUCUGCCAGACUGCAACCCCUCAGGACAAGGGCCAGGCUGUGACUGAAACAGGAGAGAAGCUCCACACAGAAAACCCAUUGGUGCAGUGUGAGACCAAAUUAGUCCCGGGCAACAACACUGCUGAUAAUCUGAAAGGAACCGCUGAGGAAAGAAUAGAUGUGAUGGAGGUCAGGUUGGAAGUGGAAGCAGAGAACAGGACAAAGGCAAGCACUGAAGAUAAGAUGGAGACAGAGCAGCACUGUCGUUCUGACGUCCAACAAAGAGAGAGAACGUGUGAGACUGAUUCUAGAGAAGUCGGUGAAUUACCUGAAAUAGACAUUGAGCUGGGAGGGAGGGGCAAAGACAGACAUGAGUCCGUGAUGCCACCUGUGGACAGUGAGGAUGAGAGUGCAUCUGAAGAGGACUCGGCUAGAGAAAGUUAUUCCACGGCAACAUUGUCGCAGGAGUGCACGGAAAAAAGUUCACGCUUCAGAGCUCCUUGUCUCCGUGGGAACCACCAGAACCAUGAAAAUGUACAUACUGCUAAUGGAAGUAUCAAAGGGAGCAGUUCAAGCGUUUUACUGGCCCCAGCAAGCACCUCUGCUGCUGGACAAAACCCCUCCUCUGUGCAGGACUUGGCCUCCACUGCUAGAAAAGCAAGCACAAAGCUGGAAAACAGCAACCUACCUACUUCCCAAACUCAUUCACAUCUUCCUCCUCUGAUCCCCUCCCUCCCAUUAAAGAGGAAAAAUGAAGUACUUCAGCACCAAAAUGCUCACCCUCCUCCUGAAAUCUAUCUAACCAGACGUCCUCCAAAAUGGCAGCUAACUCACUCCUCACAAGAAAAAGCAGGAGGGAGAGUCAACGAGCCGAAGAGAUCCAGACCCAAAACCUCUAACCUUGAACUCCCAGCUGUACCCCCAGAACCACAGACCAAAGUUAGUCCUUCUCAUGAAACAGAAACAGUGGUACACAGAGACAUGUAUGCUGCAAAGCAAACUCCACAAAUUCAGCAGAGUAAAGUGAAAAAAAUGUCUCGUGAAUCAGAUAUGAAUGUUUCCAAACAGGCCUCAUCUUCUGUGACCUUGACCUGCAAACCAUUCAAGCACAAGUGGGCCAAAUGUGGCCCUGACCAGGGAACGAACAUAUCCCGUGAGGGGGCUAAUGGUGGUGAGCUACAGAACCAAUCCAAAGCUAGCUGUCUGACUGCAGCCUUGACAUCUGACCCCAGAGUAGAAGAUUCUGGGAGGCUGAACCAAGACGAGAAGAUGCAAAUGCUUGAGAAGGCUGGGAAGGCCAAGGCGCUGGUGCUAACGUUGGUGCACCGAGAUGGAACAACCCAGUUAGACUCAGAACAGAAGCUCAGUCCGCCGGUGUGUGGCCUCCUCAUACUGAUGAAGAACAACCUCGACUGCAGCACGCCAGAGGACUCGCUCGGGCCAAACGACAGUCUGAUCUACUUAAAAUUAGAGCACACACCUGCAUGGGCCCAGCAACACACACACCAGAGCCAGGAGCUCUUUACGAGAGAUAUGCUGCUACAGGUGCUAUCAAGAACUCAACUGGUGGUGUGCUAUAAAGCCAAGGAUUUACUUCGCACAGCUCUGCAGUUUUACAGACGAGACCUCAGCUGGAAACAAGUGGCAGGCUGUCAUAUCCAGGACCCGCAGGUGUCAGGGUGGCUACUGGAUCCUGCAAAUUCCUCCUCUUGCUACCAGGACCUUCUCAAUAAACACAGCAAAAGACCUCGUACAACACCUGCCCUGGGUACCAAGAAGGUCUCUCAGGUCAUCUCAGGUCUGUAUUCGCUCUACUGGCUUCACAUGGAGCUGUGCUCUAAACUACAGAGCCAGGGGCUGUGGGAGCUGUACUCGGACAUGGAGCUGAACAUGAUCACUGUUCUGGCAGUUAUGGAGAUCCAUCACAUCCAUGUGGACAAAGAAGCUCUUCAGAGAACGUCAGACAUGCUGGGGACUAAGAUGAAGCAGCUGGAGCAGGAGGCCCAUCGAGCAGCUGGACAACAAUUCCUGGUCACCAGCAACACUCAACUUCGAACUGUUCUGUUUGAGAAGUUGUGCCUCCAUGAGCGCUGCAACAAGAAACUUCCCAAGACCAUCAACAAACAACAUCAGUCAACAUCAGAAGCUGCAUUGUUGCAGCUUCAGGACCUGCACCCUCUGCCAAAGAUCAUUCUAGAGUAUAGACAGGUGCACAAAAUCAAGUCGACAUUUGUUGAUGGGAUUCUUUCAUGCAUGAUGAGCAAGAACUACAUUUGCUCUACGUGGUACCAGACCAGCGUGGUGACGGGGAGAAUCUCAGCCAAACACCCAAACUUCCAGGCGCUGCCAAGACAGCCACUUCAGAUCACCAAGAAGCGGUACAUCCAAGGAAAGGAGGAGGUGGUGACUGUUCAUCCUCGGGCAAUGUUCAUCCCUCAGGAGGGCUGGACUUUUCUUGCUGCAGACUUCUGCCAGGUGGAGCUGCGUCUGCUGGCUCACCUCUCCUCUGACCCUGAGCUGCUCCGCAUUUUCACCCUCCCGCAGGCCGACGUCUUUACCAUGUUAGCCUCUCAGUGGAAAGGGGUGCGUGAGGGUGAGGUGACUUCCGAGGAUCGGGAACACGCCAAACGCAUCGUCUACUCUGUUGUGUACGGGGCAGGUCGUGAGCGUCUGUCAGGAAUCCUCGGGGUGAGCGCCGAGCAGGCCAGCCGAUUCCAGGACAGCUUCCUCCAGACCUACAGAGAAGUCCAGACCUUCAUCCAGAGGACCAUCCAGCAGUGCCACAGACAAGGUUAUGUGCUCUCCAUCAUGGGUCGUCGACGAACCCUCCCUAACAUCAACUCCCCCGACUGGGGCAUCCGCAUGCAGGCUGAGAGGCAAGCUGUCAACUUUGUAGUCCAAGGUUCUGCUGCUGAUCUCUGUAAGAUGGCCAUGAUCAGAAUCUUCAACCUGGUCUCCUCCUCCAGCUCGCUCUCUGCCAGGCUGAUAGCACAGCUCCAUGAUGAGCUUCUGUAUGAAGUGGAGGACUCCCAGGUGGAACAGUUUGCAGCUCUGGUGAGGAGCACCAUGGAGUCCCUUCAGCACAUAGUCCACCUAGGAGUCCAUAUUAAGGUCCCCCUGAAGGUGGCAGUUUCUAUUGGCAAAUCCUGGGGAUCCAUGUCAGAGCUUAACAUCCCUCCAAUGUCUCCUUCUCUUUGAGUCCCCCCUCUCCUUCUCUUUGAAUCCUCCCUCUCCUUCUCUUUGAAUCCUCCCUCUCCUUCUCUUUGAGUCCU